UAUACGUUUAUUUUAUUUGAUGUAUGUAAAACUUAAAAUGAGAAGUAAUGUAAGUGAAAUCUUAUUUUGUAUUCUGUAUUAUAUACAUUCGCUAUAUAAUCUGAAAGUAGUCGGCAAACAGUGAUUGGACUGUACAGUAGUGAAAUCUGAUAUUAACUUCCGUUUUUUGAUUAUCACAGGACGGCGGUUUCAGUAGAUUUAAGUAUACAUCCUGAAUCAUACAAUAUUCUGUUAAUAUAAAUUCUUUAUAUUGUUAAUUUUUGUCGUUAGAAAAGUGUACAAAUAUCUACGUAUUAUUUGUUUAUUUUUAAAAGUUAUUUAUUAACUAAUUAAAGCUAUUAUAAAAGAUGAAUCCAAUGAAAUGGAAGACUAGAAACUUAGCUUAUAGUGGAAUAAGUUUAUUUAUGUUUUAUUUUUUAUUUUUUUAUAAAUGGACUCACUAUUUGAUUUAUGAAGCUACAAUUAAACAUUCUAAGGCUGAACAUGUUUGGGAAUUUGUAGCAGACUUCAGAAAUAUGAUGAAGUUAAAUCCAACUAUAAAACAAUUUAACAUUAUUGAUGAUUCUGGUAAUUAUGGUGAAUGGCAAUAUUCUGUAGAAUAUACAGAACGGUUUAAUUACCUUCCAAUGAUUCAAAACGAUGCUCAAGCACAUUUUAUAGUAACAUCAACAAAAAAGAAUUAUGUAAUAGAAUCAAAGCAUCGUACCUGUUUUAUCUUAAGAUUCAAUUGCUUGAACACAGAUUCUGAAUUUAUAUUUGAAUCUCAUGGAGAAGACACAAAUUAUAUUGAAAAACUACAAUAUGAGUGUCCAUUAUUAUUUUCAAAAUUAUGUCAUAAUGAAGUUAUGUAUCAAAGACAAGAAAUUAUGAAAAAUUUGCAGACCCAUUUUUCUACGAUCAACGAGUUAAUUAAAAAAUAAAAAUAUUUAUAAUAAAAGUAUUUACAAUAUAAAUUGUGAU